UUUGGUUUGGCCACCACGUCAGUGACGCAAACUACGUCUCCCGCGAGGCUCUGCGUCAGGCUUAGGCCGGCUUCCUGCCUCUCGUGAGGCCUACUCUUCCGCCUCAGCUCGCCUUCCUUCUGCUUGUUCUUCUUCCAGGGGCGGCCAUGCCGACGGGCGACUACGACUCCAAGCCCAGUUGGGCAGACCAGGUGGAAGAGGAAGGAGAUGAUGAUAAAUGCAUCACUAGUGAUUUGCUCAAGGAUAUACCCCUAACUGGGGUGCUGAGUGAAAGUGGAGGUGGAACUGGAACCGGAAGUGGAGGCAGUGGUGAAAGUGGAACCGGAAGUGGAGGAGGAAGUGCACCAACUGUGGUUGUUGAACCAGAGCUUGUAAAAGGAGGUCCCCUGCCCGCCCCCAAGGAGGUUGUGAAUGGAAACAUUAAAACGGUGACUGAAUACAGAGAAGAGGAAGAUGGCCGCAAAGUGAAGAUCAUCCGAACCUUUCGUAUUGAGACCCGGAAGGCCUCUAAAGCUGUUGCAAGGAGAAAGAACUGGAAGAAAUUUGGCAACUCAGAGUUUGAUGCUCCUGGACCAAAUGUGGCCACAACCACCGUGAGCGAUGAUGUCUUCAUGACCUUUAUCACCAGCAAGGAGGACUUGAACUGCCAAGAGGAGGAGGACCCCAUGAACAAGUUGAAAGGGCAGAAGAUUGUGUCCUGCCGAAUUUGCAAGGGUGACCAUUGGACCACUCGCUGCCCUUACAAGGACACCCUGGGUCCCAUGCAGAAGGAGCUUGCCGAGCAGCUGGGGCUCUCCACAGGCGAGAAGGAGAAGUUGCCCGGAGAACCAGAACCUGUUGCUUCCCAGCAGAACAAGACUGGGAAGUACGUGCCACCCAGCUUGAGGGAUGGGGCUAGCCGCAGAGGAGAGUCCAUGCAGCCGAAUCGCAGAGCUGAUGACAAUGCCACCAUCCGUGUCACCAACCUGUCUGAGGACACACGAGAGACUGACUUGCAGGAGCUCUUCCGUCCUUUUGGGUCCAUAUCUCGCAUCUACUUGGCCAAGGACAAAACUACCGGCCAAUCCAAGGGUUUUGCUUUUAUCAGCUUCCACCGCCGGGAAGAUGCUGCCAGGGCCAUUGCAGGCGUGUCUGGCUUUGGCUAUGAUCACUUGAUCCUGAACGUUGAAUGGGCCAAACCUUCCACCAAUUGAGGCUCUACAUUUGUCUUCGGAAAUUUUCCAGCUGUGUUCUUAAUUGGAGACACUAGUCACUAAUAAAAGAUUGAUCGCA